AGACAGAGAGCAUUAUGUGGGUAUUUUAAGGAUAAGGGGAAGGUUUGGAUAAUGUCAGAAGAAGUGCCCUAAAAUGCUGUUUAGGGAAUUUUUGGUGGUUCUCUUCCUGGCAGGUCUGCAGGUAUCCGGCGAAACGUUCACGUUCCCAGAAUUUGAUUACAAGGAAAACAACAAGAAUGAAUUGUCUUUUCGGGAAUUUGAAUCAGCCUGUGACCAGAGUAGCAAAUGCAGUGCCCUUAAACCAGGAAUUCUUCGUACAAAUUGCAUUCGGGAAUGCAUAUCCCCAUCCUGCUAUGAGGAUGUCUAUCGUUUCAAUGAGCUCGAAGAGGGUGAAAUCGAUGUGAGGCUGCACUCCUUCAAGGGAUGCUUCAUCCAGCGCCUAGGUCGCUCCAGGAAUUAAUUCCUACCAAUUCUAAGUCCUAAAUAAAUACGUGAUUUAUUGAAAAUAAUCCUAAAAAAUAGUAUACACACUGUUGGAAUCACACAGAUGCGGAUUUAUCAGAUUUAUCCGUUGCGAGGAUGAUAUAUUUCUCCGGGAGCGGUUCCGGAGGUACCUGGGUGGGUGUAUCGUAAUUCCCAGCCAUAAAUGUGAAGCACGUUAUGCCACAAAUCAUGAGGAAAGAGUACAAGAAGUACUCCGAACUCUGUGACGAUGUGAGCUUCAGCUCGGUAACAAUGACCACAAUGAGAUUCCCAAUGGCAUUGUUGACGAACCACGAUGCCGUAAGGACGGAUUUCAUGGUAGCCGGUGCCUGGGUGAAGCUAAAUUGCAAUCCCGGAAUCGACAGCAGUACUUCACCCAUCAUUAAGAGGAAGAAUUGCGGAAUUUGCCAGGCAAAUGAUAUACUCUCCGCGGGAGAUUUAUUAAUCUGCACCUCCAGGAUGCCGGAGCACACAAAGGAUAAUGCAGCCGAUACUCCACCUAGUGCCACACUAAAAAGUGGUGAGAUCUGGCAUCCAGUUGUACGAUGUAGUAGCGGAACGACGACAUUCUGCCAGAAGGGAAUCAUGAGAAGGAGCAGCAAUGGCCCCAUUGCCUUAACCUGGUCAGGUUCCAGGCGCCAGCCAAAGACCGUCGUAUCGAGUUUUGUUGCCUGAAAUGUCCAACUGGAGUCCUGCUGUGCCAGCAGAGCCCAGUAAAUGGGCAAGGGGAUGUAGAGCCGAAUGACUCGGAGGAAGGCUCUAACAUCCCGGACGAAUUCUUCUGAAUAUCUCCCAAUUGAGCUAUCCAGCCAAUUGGCGUGGACAUUCUCCUUCUUGAUGUACUUCACCAAUGCAUACCAAAUGCAUCCAACUACCUGGACGAGAAUAUUCUGACGAUUCACCUCCUCCUUCUUGUAGAAGAACAUUCCAAUUAGAAAAGUAACUGCAAAGAAAUAAAUUAAAUUAGAUAAUUUAAAAAAAUUAAAUCGAGAAAAAAGUUUAUUUAUUUUGAGGCUUCGUAGAUAAGAAAAAAAAAUU